AUGACGACGACGAACAUCGACAUCUCGGCGCCAAAACCGAAAGUCAACGGCGAACAGAUGGGUUUAUUUUCCGGGAAGACCGUACAGUUAGUGUUGGAAACGACGAGCAACAGUGAAGGUGGUUCUGUGCUCAAAGGGAAAGCCGCGGACGGGAUGGAAGUGACCGCGCACUUGGACCAGUCUUUGGGCGCGGCGCCGCGGAGUCGGUUUAUCGAAGUCGAAGGCGUGGUGACUGGUCCGCAGGAGAUUAAAGCGACGAACGUGGCGAGUUUUGGCGAGAGCGUGGAUUUGUUCGCGUAUAACGAGAUGUGCAAGAUGUUGCACGCGAAAGGGAGGGAGAUGAUUUUGUAA